AUGAACAGACUUCUGCAUAUGGCGCCUGUCAUGCGUAAUGCCCCAACAUUUCGAGGGAGUCUUGACUAUGAUGUUCACGGAAAAAAUUGUGCAGACAUCUUCUGUGUCCUGCCACAAUGCGUGAACUUUAAGUUGCAAACCAGGCAUGUCAGCACAUCUCGAAAAGACAAACCUGACAGUCAGGCCGGUGGGGCUUCGGCUGACACGACUGCGAACAUCUUGCAGAACAGUAGUAAUGAUAACAAUGUAGCGUCCUCAGGUCGAACCAUUCUGGAUCAUGAUGCAGAGAAACAGCUCCUGGAUGAAUUAGAAGAGUAUGAGAGGUUUUUGGAACGACAGGUAGCUGAUAUGGCCCCACAGCCUGGUUUCAGUGGUCGUUUUGGGAUUGAAAAGCAGACGACCUCGUUUCCCCUUUACAACCCAAAAGAGGAUUGUCAAGUUCCUCGACAGACAGAUUCGUUGCACUGUUACAGCCCAAAAAGGGAUGGCCAGACUCCCGGCGAGACAGCGAGAAACCAUCAACCUUAUUCCCGCGAUUACGACGCAAAAUUUGAGGGGAGGAGAUCUACCUUUAUGAAACCUUCUCAUUCCGCGGUUAGGCUGAAUAAGGAAUCUGACGAAGAUCCUUUCUUUCCAAGUUUCUAUGAGCAGUUUGCAUCAACAGAUCAAUUUACUGUUCCAGUAAAAAGGUCAGGGGACAUUCAUGCUGCUAAACGCACGCGGAAAGAUUCCUCUAUGACGAAAACCAUGCCAAUACCAGCCACCAUCGUGCGGGAGAAGACUGCUUGCCACUUCUCGAGCGCCUCAGAGCAAUUUCUUGGUACACAUUCCGACCCUAGCCGAAUGGUGUUUGGAAUCCUCGCGCAGAUAUUGCAUAUGUUUGAAAAACCCAUGUCUGCUGAAGCUGAAACAUUUUUUGUCCAUGUUCUUCAAAAGGCACUCAGAGAGAUACAGAAUGUAACGUCACGAGAGAGCAUCAAGUGA